AUGUGUUUAUGGAAAGGAAAGAAGCAGAAGUCUCAAACCGCCAAUCCUAACCAACUUCCCUUACAACUCGGUUUGAAUAACUCUCAUCCAAUCACCAGGAUAUCCGAUAAAUCCCCGGACAAAAAGGAAAAAAAGUUGAGAACAGGCAAUGGGCAUGAGUCCAAGGAGAAGUUGAGACGUCUUUCCAGAGAGAAGCCUAAGCUUGACGCCAAGGAGACCAGUGGAAUGAAUCAGGUGCAGGAGAAGCAGCAGAGUAGUGUGUAUUUGGAUAAGGGAAACAAUGAGGACGACAAGGACAAGCUUGUAAGUUAGUCUUAUAAGUCAUACUUUUUAUUGCGGCUUUCAAAGGAUAAUAAUUAUCCUCAAGUCAUUUCAGAAAGACUGCGACGGUGAACAAUUCGAGAAUGGAGCCGUGCCUCAAAAUCCCCCAUCAGAUGACGAUACUUUGAAAGGUGUUGGCCAUGAAAUGCCCAAGUUUGAAACCUAA